AUGAACGAUAAGAACGAGCAAGCGCUCACCGCGCUCGCGCGUGAGCCCGGGAAUAAGACGUGCUUCUCGUGCGUCGGACCGGGGUCUUUGGCGCCUCGCUCGGUGUGCGUGCCGUUCGGAAUAUUCGUGUGCACGAGAUGCUCGGGGAUAUUCAGAGAUUUCAAUUUUAGGAUUAAGAGCAUCAGUGCGUCGACGUUCUCGGGAGAUGAGGUCGAGAUGUUGCGAAGGAAAGGCAACGAGGCGGCGCGGCGGACGUUUUUAGCGCGCUGGAAUCCGGCAGAACCGUUGCCGCAGAGUGGUAAUACAGUGAGAGGAAAGGUGUGGAUCAAGGCUGUUUUCGUGGAUAAGUUGUACUACGACGACGCCGGGGCGGGGAGCGCGGUGGGGGGUCAGGUGGCUCCGGCGACGCCGGCGGCACAACCGGCGGCGACGAAAGCGCCAGAUUUGUUUGGCGGCUUAUUUGAUUCGCCGGUGCCGGCUCAAGUUGCGCCUACCACACAGCCGCCGCAACAAACCGCCGCGCCGGCUCCGGCGAGCGGGGCGGAUUGGACUUCGUUUGCGACAGCCGCGUUUGACUCUCGACCGCAAGCUGCAGAAGCACCUAGCUUCGGGUUUGAGCCACCGCCAGCCGUCGCCCAACAAUCGUAUGCCGCGUCGGUGCCAGAAUCGGCGAGCGUCGCGCCCGUAUCGCAAGCUCCGGCGGCACCUACGCAGCAAUCUGAUUUGUUCGGAGGUUUGACCAUCGAGACACCCGCAGCGCCUGUCGAGACUCCUGCAGCGCCUGCAUCUCGGCCUGCUUUAGAGGAAGACUUUUGGACCCUAUCGCCGCAGGUUCCGCCGCAACCGCACGUCCAUCCGCGGGUGAACGCACCAGGGAUCCAGCAGUACCCAGCGCAAAUGCCGCCCCAGAUGCAAAUGCCAGGAAUGAUGCCGCCCCAGAUGCAACAAAUGCCGGGGAUGAUGCCGCCGCAGAUGCAACAAAUGCCGGGAAUGAUGCCACCGCAGAUGCAACAAAUGCCGGGGAUGAUGCCGCCGCAGAUGCAACAAAUGCCGGGAAUGAUGCCGCCGCAGAUGCAACAAAUGCCGGGAAUGAUGCCGCCGCAAAUGCAAAUGCAAAUGCCGGGAAUGAUGCCGCCGCAAGUGAUGGCUCCAGUCAACGCGCAAACGAUGCCGCAGCAGUCGCAGCAACCGCCAGUGCAACAGGAAGCACCGCCGGUGGAGCCGGAACAGCCAGAUCCAUUCGCAUCGUUCGGUGAAUUGACGGGAAUAAAGUCGAAGACAGGGCCACCUCCAGCACAAGCGGUGCCAGUCCCAUCGCAAGCCCCAGAAGCAGAUGUUUUUGGAUCUUUGCCUAGCCAAGAAUCUCAGCCGCCGCCGGCUGCGCCACCAACAGUAACUCCGGUGGCGCCGGUUGCCACCGCGGCGCCGCCACCAGUGCCGGCGAAGCCGGUGAAUCUGGGUCCCAUGGGAUUCCCGAUGCCAGUUUCGCAGCCGCCAGCGCCGGCCACAGAUACGCAUCAAGCGAUGAUGUUUGAAGACAUCAAAGCUCAUUCGGCAGGAGAUUCCUUCUCGUUUGCGCCCGUGGACUCGCCGCAACCAAGUAUCUCGAAGCCUGCGCCCAUACAACACGCGCCUGUAGCCGCGCCAGGCACGGCGCAGCCUACGGCUACGGCGGCGCAAUAUAGCACCGAUAACCCUUUCGCUUUCAUCUAA